AGUACGGGAGAGCACGAGUCACUCGGUAAUCAUCUACAUUAGACUGGAAACAUGGCGAACUUGACGGAGGCUAAAACGCCGCAGCAGUUUGAGGACUUGUUAAAAAAGGCUGGCAGGUCUCUCACAGUCGUUCAUUUCCAUGCACCAUGGGCUCCCCAGUGCUCUCAGAUGAACGACGUGAUGGAGGAGUUAGCCAAGGAGCACAAACAAAGCAUGUUUGUCAAGCUGGAGGCUGAAGCGGUGCCUGACGUGUCUGAGAAGUACGAGAUCACCUCUGUCCCUACUUUCCUCUUUUUCAAGGGUGGCGAGAAGAUUGACAGGCUGGAUGGCGCACAUGCCCCUGAGCUGACCAAUAAGGUGCAGCGGCUGGCGUCCAGUGGGGGCGGGCCUGCAGGGCCAGGGGACGCCCCUAAGGAGGAGCUUAACGAGAGACUCAAGAAACUAAUCAGCGCUGCACCCUGCAUGCUCUUCAUGAAGGGAACUCCCCAGGAACCUCGCUGUGGCUUCAGCAAGCAGAUUGUCCAGAUUUUAAAGGACCACAGCGUUCAGUACAGCAGCUUUGAUAUCCUGUCUGAUGAGGAGGUCCGGCAGGGGCUGAAGACGUACUCCAACUGGCCCACUUAUCCUCAGGUGUAUGUUAAAGGAGAGCUGAUUGGAGGGCUCGACAUCAUCAAGGAGCUGGCUGAAUCAGGCGAGCUUGAAAAUACCUGUCCCAAAACUGUCUCACUGGAACAGAGGUUGAAGUCUCUGAUCAACAAAUGUCCUGUCAUGCUCUUUAUGAAAGGAAACAAAGAGGGAGCCAAAUGUGGAUUCAGCCGUCAGAUACUUGAAAUAAUGAAUGGCAUCGGGGUUGAAUAUGAGACCUUUGAUAUUCUUCAAGAUGAAGAGGUUAGGCAGGGCUUAAAGACAUAUUCCAACUGGCCCACGUACCCACAGCUCUACGUAAAAGGAGAACUCAUCGGAGGCCUAGAUAUCAUCAAGGAGCUGAAACAGAAUGGUGAGCUGGAGUCAGUGCUGCGAGGGGAGAAUUAGGAGGAGAUGGGAACAAGUUACACUGAAGUUUUCGCUGCUGUUUGUGGAGACUAUGUUCUAAAGGUCACAGGAAGCAGAACAGCAAUAUUCCAACCAAAUCAUGUCUUUUAGGAGAUCACUGAACUAACAUGGCUGUAUUAAUGUCUAAGGCCUGUUGGCAAAAUGUGUCACAAAGUCCAAUAAAGCUGUCAUCUCAAUUAAA